AUGGACCCGGACGACAUCGACUCUCAUCUCGUCCGUCUGGUGAGAACGGCCGGAGCCAACGGAUCUUGUAUGUACUUGGCGUGCGAGGCUGAGGGCACCGACCGUCUGCCACCGACGGACGAUCUUCGGGGACUCGGUUUGCGAUCGACUUCUCGACACUCAGAUCGUCGCCGAUCGGAGAACGUCCGCUCGUACGAUGAGAUAGACUCAGCUGUGCCUCUGGGGACCGCCGAACAGACAGACGCCGAGACCGCCUCGUUGGACGGAAGUCAUAGCGCCGCCCCGCAGAAUCUCUUCCUCUCGGUAGCCUCGUCGAAGCAGUCGAGGCGUCAGAGCCUGACGGACUGGCCGGAACAGGACAUGGUUGCGUGA